CUGACAACGGUUCACUAUUCACUUGGUCCAGAAAACUCUACACAAUCAUGCAAAUCAAAAAGUACAAAUCUUCGUGUCCACUUUAAGAAUACACAUGAAACUGCCCAGGCCAUGAAGGGUAUGCAUAUCCAAAAAGCCACCAAGUAUCUCAAAGAUGUCACUUUGCAGAAGCGAUGUGUGCCAUUCUAUCACUAUACUGGUGGAGUUGGUAGGUAUGUCCAGGCCAAACAGUGGGGAUGGACACAGGGUUGGUGGCCCAAAAAGAAUGUGGAAUUUUUACUGCACAGGCUUAAAAAUGUGGAGAGUAAUAGUGAACUUAAGGAUUUAGAUGUAGAUCCUCUAGCCAUUGAACAAAUCCAGGUGAACAAAGCCACCAAGAUGUGGUGUAGAACUUACAGGGCUCACGGUCAGAUUAACCCAUAUGUGAGCUCUCUCUGUCACACUGAGAUAAUCCUUACUGAAAAAGAGCAAAUAGUUCCUAAACCAGAAAAGUUUUCACAGAAAAAAAAGCAUUUCCCAGAAGAAACUGAGGAAAUAAAAACUACGGCCCGGGAGUAAAUUCUACAUAAAAUAAAUGCAAAUAAAAGUAAAAACAAAAAAAAUUUAAAAAUCUAAAAAAAUAAACUC